AUGAUACGGGAGAGGCGCUCCAAGAAGAAGUACGAGGAGGCCACCCAGAAGCACAAGGAUGACCCAGACAACGACCCAGAGCCUGCAAAAGCACACGCCAAAGUCACGAUUUCUAACAAGGGUACCUUCAUCGGCCUCGGGAACUUCAUGCAGGCGCAAGGGGAAAGGGCGUUUCUCGCGCUGCACGAGGGGAAGGCGUGGCUACAGCAGACCUUCGAUUACGGGCCAGGCGGUGGCAUCGAUGAUCUGAACCAGAUUCACGAUCAUGAUUUGUACAAGAACCACCCUUGGAACACGCAGAACCGUUUCUCGGUGCGGAACCCGCACUUGUGCGGAGUGGUCAUGAAGCACACCGAUGAAGUGCACGAGCAAACACAAAAGCCCGACACACCAACAGGCAUGAUGAGAUUCCUGACUGGCCACUUCACCGCCGUUGUGAACAAUAUCCUACCCGAUGUACCAGCACCUCAAGUGGCGCGCCCCCCGGAGGAAUACCCAGACUACUUCGACGACUUGGAAUGCGACCAUGUAGCGACCGCGAUCGGGAAGGUGAUGCUGACGGCAUCGGCGCUGCACGCACGAGGGGAGGAGCGCCCGGACGAAAAUAACAAUAAUAACAGGUACUCCAAGGUGCGGAGAACGCGAUUUCUGCCGUGGGCCGAGGACGCGAGGGAACACGUCCGCAAGCAAUUCAACACGGCUGCGGACUACGCGCGGGAGGAGGCGCGCGCGUCGAAGGGCGCGGGCGAAGACAGUGGAUCUGCGAAUGCGCGGAAGGACAUGACGAGGGCGCCCCAGUUCAUCCCCCCUUUGAACAUAGGUGACAAGGAGAUGACUGGCGAGGAGAUCGCGAAUUGCCUCGGGGAGGACACGGCGCCUCAUGAUUUCGUGGACCCCGUGGACCAGGACGCCGUCGCCCCAGAGAUUUAG